AUGAUCGCGAAACCCAGCAAGAACAGGAAAAUACCUCGCAAGCUGGUAGAACUCUGCCAAUCGGUGCGCAUUUCGGAGCAACACGACUCUCGGGCUCUUCGGACUUUCAUACGAGAGCAGCUCUCGGUCCGAGACAUCGUCUUGUAUCCAGAGCCGAAGGGGAGCCAGAGCCGCCUCCACACGCCGGUCUCGCCAAACCUCGUCGAUCUCAAGGCAAGACGGCUCGUCAUCCGGUACCCGGACACGUACACCUCGGAAGGUCGGGACGACUACGUGGAUCUCAGUCACGUUGACGAGUCUGUCCGCAACGUCACCCUGUUGGUCCCCCCCGCGUGGCGCUCGAACGGCACCUGGUAUAGCUGCGUCAGCAACCCAGCGUCAAUGUGGGACCCGGCAUCUAGCUCGGUCGACAUCACUGUCGUUCUUCUUCCCUCCCUUGCUGUGCCCGCAUCAUGGUCCCUUCCCCUCAUCAAGCAACACUACUUCCCAGGCGAUCUCGCCGACCACGCCCCCGGCUGCCCCCUACGUAUUGUCGGCGCGGAAUGUAUCGGUCUGACUUCCGAAGUCUUCGACACCCUCGUCGAGCGUACUCGGAUUAGCGGCGGCGAGUACGAGCAAGAGGUGGCAGCUCGCCUCUCGGUGAUGUCGUUCAUCGACUGGAUGGACCAGCAGGAGCCCGGAGCGGUCAUGACGGGGGAAGAGGAGGACAUGUAUCGGAAAGCUAGCAGGCUAAUCCUGGCUGGAUUUGACAACUUCCGAGUAGCUCCGGCGCUGAGGCUCGAAUCUCGUCGCCGGGGGUGA